AGCCUUGGACUGGGGACUCUGAGCUUGUUGGUCUCUCCUUGAGGGGGAGUCUAGCCGCUUCCUUACGGUGUGUGUGGUGAGAGCUGAAACCCACCAGACCAUCGCAUGUGCCUCGCGCGGGAUCCCGCGACUAUGGCCCACUCCAAAGGUCCGCCAACUCCUCUGCGGAAACAGGACUCUUCGUCUUCGACCUCUGCAGACACAAAGACAGUCAACAGGACAUCCCCUGCGCUUGCUGACCUUGACCUUUCACAUCUGACCUCAGAAGAAAUCGGUGCAAUACAAAAGGUGCUAAAGAAGCAAGAGUCUUUCGAGAGGCAAGCCAAAGUCAGAGCAGAACAAAUCGAGAAGGCAAUACGUCGAUACGAAGCCACACUUGCCGCCAGGGAGUCACAUCCGCCGAGGUCAAAGGACGACGACUUGCGCAUGUGCAGGCUCUGCUUCGUCCGGAAGUUCACAGACGGGCUGGGAGUCACGUGUGGGGACUGUCUCCACAGAGUGUGCGCCAACUGCUCGAGUCAGGUGGUGGACGGAGGUGCCUCGAGUCCAACUCCAAAACACAGAUUUAAGCAUAAGAAGCGCUGGCGCUGUAACUUAUGCAAACUCCAAAGGGACUACCUUUGCGUGACCGGCAGAUGGUACUACCAAGACGAUACCGGGAGGGAUACCUCCGCGGAGUACAGGAGGUCCCGUAAACAGAGCCAGGGCAACCCACCACCAAGGAGGAGGGUUGUAAGGAGCGCACAGUCGGACCUGGAGGAACGCUUCGUCCACAGAAACGUCGAGGCCAUUAAGCGCAACUCAUGGGACUCGGGAAAACACUACAAGUCCGACACCGAAGCCUCGUCCACCUGCCUCCUGCAGUCCUUCGCCCGAGAGUCCCUCAACGGCAAGAAGACCGUGACUCGUCGUAGGCGGCGCUCGUCGCAGCUCCGUCAGAUCUCGUGCGACUCGCCGGGCGAGAAUUUGACACAGGAGUCGGACGAUGGUGAGUGGAUGAAUCGAGCCCUCGCUCGGCGAGCGUCGCACAGGCGGCCGCUGAGACGACGGAGGUACGGGGUGACCGAAGCUACCGAUAAGAGCCCGGAAGGUUCGCAGGUUUUAAAAGCCAGCGGUCAACAAGCAAGCGGGAGCGAGGACGAGAGGCAAGUCUCCGUGGCAGACGCUGAAAGGUCGCCGUCAAACCGACGCAGGAGUCGGCCGUCCAUCCACGGCAGACGGUCCCCUUCCGGGGCAGCGGCACCUAAAGAGCCACCCAUGGAGGGUGGUCAGACGGUGAUUAGCUCGGCCGCAGAGAGGGCGAAGGAGGCCAGGGGGAAGUACAAGAGGACUGGGAGCGUCAAGGCAGACUUCAUGGGGAAGCUGAGUCAGAGAGCUAUGGAGAGAUUCAGGCGUAGGUCACGGUCGGAGAGUGAACUCAACAUUCCGGAACAACCACCACAGCAGGAAACCACGAUAUACGUCAGAGACGAUUCAGAAGAAGUUACCAUCCAGAAGGAUCAGAACGACACGUCGUGUAAAACUCGCGGGUUCGGGCUUGAGGUGGUUGGAGGCAGGCAGGACUCAGACGGCUGGCUACGUACUUUCGUCACUAGAGUGGUGGUCGACGGUCCGGCUGAUAAAGUCGUUGUUCAUAAAGGUGAUGAAAUUUUGGAGUGGAAUGAGCAGUCUUUAGAGAACAAAACUUUCGAGCAGGUUCGACUGAUCGUAGACCAACCAUGCGGCGAUGAGUUGAAACUUAGAAUUGUCCGUUACCAAGCGCACAGGGCCACGGCUGAUACUUUAGCGGCUAAACGAGGAAGCUCAGUCUCUAUCGAAUCAGAAGUGUACCACAGGAGGAAAAAGAUAUCAGUUGGCAUGCGGAACAGCAUAAAUACGGAGCAGUACAAGGAACUAUUUACACCAGCCCCGGAGGAAACGACGGGCAUAUCAGGUCAUAGGGCAGGAAGCCGUCGACGUUUGCCCGUACCUCCGCUUUCGUCUUCAGGCUCGUGCUCUUCGUCCGCAAGAACGUCCGCUCCCAGAGUUGAACUCACUCCCGCUGAAAACCAAAACCUUGGCGAGCUGUGCAUGCAGCUCAUGCUGAGGGAGGAGACGAAGGAGCUGGUUGUUAUGCUGACUGAAGCUAAAGGCCUGAAGGUGAGGGAGGGUGAUCCAUUGGGACAACCUCCAAGCCCGUAUGUGAACAUCUAUCAGUUGCCUUACAGGAGGGAGUCACUUCGCUACCGAUCACCAACCAUCCCGGCCACUGCAACACCCGCAUGGAACAAGACAUUCGUUUUUCCUAACAUCGCACAAUCAGAGAUAGCAGGUCUGUCUUUGGAGUUCACGGUGUGGGAUGAGCGACCAGACUGCAUGAACACAUUCCUAGGAGAGGUUCUCAUAGAUCUUCAAGACGAGGCACUGUCCGGCAAACCCGUCUGGUAUCCGCUGGCAGACCACGAUGAGAACAUAGGCGAGCUACCGUGUACGACGCCUCCAAGCGUGGUGCUAGCACGGAUACACCAACAGCAGCAACAUCAAGCUAUGGGGCUGGGCCUGAUGGACGCACCACAUCUACUCACCCCGUACCUCACGGGAUCCGGCGGGGUCGGACACAAGGAGCUCGCUAGAUGUCCUAGUGAUUCUGUGAGGGAAUAUGGGCGUGGUCGGGAGGGACUUAUGCCACUAUCUGUAGAGGCUGCAUCACAACUCGCUAUGGAGGAUCGAUUUGACCGCCUACCUCUAUCCAGACAUAGGUCGUGCCCAAGUGCAGGAUGCAAUACUUAUAACAAGAGCGAUCUGCCUCAAAUCAUUGUUGCUGGGCCUUCUGAGGACACGUGGCCAGAUAUGUUCAACGAGAGACGCAAGCGUAGUUCAUCUAGUUUCGGUAGCAGUAUAGCAGGGAGCAGCAUUGCAGGCAGUGACUGGGAGAGUUGCACAAGCUACAGCAGCGGCAGUCGUAACAGCAUGGACUCUGACUAUCACUUCAGGCUGUCUACGUGCUCAAUGCCUCGACCAGCACCUGACGGCGAGGACGGUAUGAUAACAGAGCCGGGUCCCGGGCAGGUUCUUCUAGAAAACUUUAAUGGUAGACCGUGUGGGUUCAUCAAGCUUGCAAUGGCAGUCAGUAAAGGGUCCUUAGAGGUCGAGAUCAUCUGCGCAACCGGUUUGCUCUUUCACGGUGAAUCGGAAUCACUAGAUACUUACGUAAAGACGUACCUCCUUGAGGGCGACAGACAGUUGGUGAAACGUAAGACUAAAGUCAUGCAUGCUACGUGCGAACCACACUAUGCUCAGACUCUCAAAUACUCUGCAUGUGACAUCACAGGUCGAAGGUUACAGGUGAUGCUGUGGAGGAAGACCAAGAUACGUGAGAGUAACCAGUGCCUGGGUGAGGCGCGCAUUACCCUUGACAUCCUCGAGGAAACCACACAUUCAACCGCAUGGUAUACAUUGUUCCCGUCUGGUGCCUACGAAAGCCUCAAAUCUUCACAAAGUUUGGAGCUUCUCAAAUUUUAAACCCUACUUUUAUUUUGGAAACUCUCUGAGAUACAACCUCGAUCAUUUCCUCGUUCUCUUGCCUUCACCGCUUGGUAUUCGUGUCCCCCAUCCUGUGCCUACGAUAGAGAGCCUCCAGCCUUGACGGAGCUCGCUCCGCAAAAUAUAAAUACCCCUGGAAAGGGAGUUGACAACUUCACCUACCAAGAGCCGUAUACAUGUGUUGAGAGAGUUAAGAAAACUGUUGUGACAAAAAAGGGUAGGGGCGAAUGCUGGGUACCAGACUAGUCUGCUUAUUGGGUUGUGCUGCAUUUAGAUUGAAAAUUGCGUCCGUUUUUUUUAUUUUUAUUUUUUUUAUUCACUUUAACCGUUAGUUUUUUCGAGUGGAUGGUCCACAGGAUCAUAUUCGCUCAGAAACCUGUCUCAUCCAAGACUGCUGGGUGCCCUACUUUUGUCUUUCUACAUUUUAAGAAUGAGCAGUCUGAAGCGAUAAUCCAACUCCCAAACGGGUCACUGGCGAUUUAAAGAAACACAUAAGAAACCGCAAAAAAAAAUUGAAAAGGCCCUCGUGGCUUCGCCACUCGUGUGUGUGGUCUCCCGUUCCAGUCGCUUGGGACCGCGGCUGUACGAAACUGUCCAAACCACAAAGGUCUUGACAAAAAGCUAACAAAUGAAUAAAGAUUAAAGAUGGCCGACAAUAGGGAACUAUACAUAGUUUGAUAUGGUUUGAUCAACCAUUCGACAGCAUUUUGUAAUAAAUUGAAGAAAAUACGUCAGUGGUGAAAGAAAUAGUGAAAGUUUUCAUACAAAUUAAACUGAAUUUCGUAUGACAUUUUACGCACAUGGUUGCCGUGUGUCUUUUAUAAUGUUAAGUGCUGCGUUCGGUGAAAAAAAAAACACCUUUUCCCAAAAGAUUUUAGGGUUCUUUCAAUUGAGAUGAUAUUUUACCACGAAUUUUUUAUGACAUGUAUAAUAAUUUUCCGUUUGCGCAACUGUAGUUGAAAAAAGUAUUUUUGAAAGAAUAACACGUGUAUAUAUUCAGCUUUUGAACUUACUUCCCUGUGACAUUCGUUUUAACAUAGUUGCCUUUAUAUGACAUUAUAUCAGUCGUACUUUGUCCCUGUAAUGUUAAAGAGAGCCGCUGUAUGAUAUGAAGUCGUUGUGUUUAUAAAUUCGAAUUCUAAAUUUUAAUUUGUGAAAUGAACUAGAGAAUAAUUGUGUUAAAAGGUGCUAUUUCGUCAUGCUCGUGGCUUCAAAUUAGUUUAACCUCAUAAUUUGACAGUUUUGUGCGCUAGGUGGUAGCAGACACGCCCGGUGAAUAUCAACCAUUGAUCUCAAUAUAGACCGUUCUCAAAGCUGUUAGCUCUGGACUGCAUGAGCUCUAAAGGCAGUGGACACUAUUGGUAAUUACUCAAAAUAAUUAUUAGCAUAAACCUUUCUUGGUGA